AUGAUAGUACCACUAUUGAAACGGCGAGGACUACUUGAGCUAUUGACCAUUAUACCAGAAGUCGAACAUCCAAAAGCCUAUAAAAAUGGCACUAAAUGGUUUAUAACAUUCAUUGUUGCGGUAGCAGGUGCUGCGGUACCUCUGGGAAGUGCUAUAUUCUUUCCUGCACUCACUGAGCUAUCGGAAGACUUUCAUGCUUCUAAAACACUCACCAAUCUCGCUGUGGCUAUGUAUCUUCUAGCAAUGUCGAUAUUUCCACUCUGGUGGUCUGCCUUCUCGGAAAUAUUUGGCCGUCGGAUAAUAUACCUGGUAUCUUUCGCGUUUUUCACAUUAUGGAGUGCUAUUACCGCAAUAUCUACCUCAACGGCAAUGCUGAUCGUAAUGAGAGUCUUAGGAGGGGGUUCAGCGGCAUCCGUCUUAGCUAUCGGUGCAGGAACCAUUGCGGAUAUUUGGGAGCCAAAGGAGCGCGGUCGUGCGAUGGGAAUAUUCUUCCUGGGUCCUAUGUUGGGGCCGCUUCUAGCACCAAUUAUUGGUGGAGCAGUAGCGGAGAAAUGGGGCUGGCGAAGUACCCAAUGGUUUCAAACUAUCUAUGGAGGAGUAUCAUUGAUUCUUUUGUUAUUUUGCCUUCCUGAGACACUCGCAAGACGAGCCCCAGUUCUCGAGGAACUCGCUGAUGGGAACAUUACACCUCAUCGACCUAGCUAUCUUCGAUUUCCAGCCGUCUCGGUCACAGUCUAUAUCGGUAGCAUAACCUUUGGAUCUUUAUACAUAUUGAACAUUGCCAUACAGAAGACAUUUGGAGAGGAGCCAUAUAAUUUCUCUGAGGUAAUCGUAGGGCUGAAAUAUAUCCCAGGCUCACUGGGCUGUAUUGUUGCAGGCUUUGUGGGAGGAAAAUGGUCGGAUGCUAUCAUGCAUCGAGAAGCUCGUGCUGCAGGGCGAUUUGAUGAAUCUGGAAAACUUACUCUCCGACCGGAAGAUCGUAUGAGAGAGAAUGUUUUAUUUGCUGCUGCUAUUUAUCCUGCUGGUCUUCUAUAG